AUGUAUCGACAACUGCUCUGGCUCGGCCUCACCUCGGCCGCCGCGGCCGCAGUUCUGGCAGACACCUACGCCCAGCAUGCUCUGACCUUUGAGACUGAGUCCAGCAAGAAGUUCAAGUGUGACCUGCCGCCUUCGGUGGCACCGGGAGAUGAUGGCUUCCCUCUGGCAAGUGACUUGUUCUCCGGCAACGAGGCCCUUGAGAGACAGGUCGCCAGGCACGGCGCGAUCGUCCGCGUCCCCUCGAUCAGCUUCGACGACAUGGACGAGGUCGAUGUCGAUGAGCGGUGGGAUGUCUUCCUGGAUCUGCACAGGGUCCUGGAGCAGCAGUUCCCCAAAGUUCACGAGCGAAUGACCAAGGAGAUUGUGAACCGCCUUGGCCUGGUGUACACCAUCAAGGGCAAGGACGAGUCUCUCAAGCCCCUCAUGCUCGCCGCCCACCAGGACGUUGUCCCCGUCGCGGACCCGUCCACCUGGGCGCACCCUCCCUUCUCGGGCUACUUUGACGGCACCUUCCUCUGGGGCCGCGGCUCGAGCGACGACAAAAACAGCCUGACGGCGCUCCUGUCGGCCCUCGAGGCCCUUCUCUCCAGGGACGACUGGACUCCCAAGCGCACCAUCGUACUGGCGUUCGGCUUCGAUGAGGAGACCUCUGGCCGCCGUGGGGCGGGGACCAUCGCCCCGUUCCUCGAGGACCGCUACGGCAAGGACUCGAUGGCCAUGAUCCUCGACGAGGGCGGCAUGGGCCUGCAGGUCGUCGACGACACGGUGUACGCGCUGCCCGCCGUCUCGGAGAAGGGCCACGUCGACAUCUGGUUCGAGCUGCGCGUGCUGGGCGGGCACUCGUCCAUCCCCUUCCCGCACACCGGGAUCGGCAUCAUCGCCGAGAUCGUGCACGCGCUCGAGUCGCACCCCUACGAGCCGAAGCUCAUCGAAGGGUCGCCCGUGCACGACCACUUCGUCUGCCAGGCGCGCUACUCGCCACACGCCGACCGCCGGCUCACGCGGCUCGUGCGCCAGGGCGACCUCAAGGCGCUGGUCAAGGAGCUCGUGCGCCAGGGCCCCGCGACGCACUACCGGCUGCAGACGUCGCAGGCCGUCGACCUCGUCGAGGGCGGCGCCAAGAUCAACGCCAUGCCCGAGGUCGUGCGCCUCGGCGUCAAUUACCGCGUCGCGCCGCAGAACUCGAUCAACGAGGUCAAGCGGAACAUCCUGAAAUACAUCCGCCCCAUCGUGAAGCGCUACCGCCUCGACGUCGACGCCUUUGACGGCCAGACGUUCGGCCUCGGCCCGGACGAGCUCGAGUUCGGUAGCGACGACAACGGCGAUGACGACGGCUUCUACUACGACGUCAACUAUAACGGCACGCUGGCCAUCUGGUCGACGCAGGAGACGCAGCCGGCGCACACGUCACCCACGUCGGGCAAGGUCUGGGACCUCUUCUCGGGCACGAUCCAGCACACGUUCGGGUCCAAGCACCGCAAGGUCGUGCCCGUCGGCGAGCUCAUGACGGGCAACACGGACACGCGGCACUACCUGGACCUGACGCGCAACGUGUACCGCUUCGUGCCGACGCGCCAGGGCGAGAGCAUCAACAUCCACACCGUCAACGAGCGCAUCGACAUGCACUCGCACAUGGACGCCUGCCGUUUCUAUUACGACCUCGUGCGCAACUUUGACCGCUCCGACGCCGGCAAGACGAGCUGGGGGUAUAAUGAGCUUUGA